GUGACCCCGCCAGGGCGCGCUGCAUUGUGGGGGGAUUUGGCAGCACAAAGCGGUGCAGUUGCGCCCUGCUCCCGUCUCCUCAUCAUCGUGAACAACAACAAGAAUAACAACAGCAGCAACUACAUCGCCGUCAUGUCGGACUUCGUCGAGUUGGAGAAGCAAAUGCGCGAAACCCGCAUAGAGCGCGAGAAGGAGCGGCGACACAAGAAGCGGAGUCGCUCGCGGAGCCGUGAUCGCAAGAAGCGCAGCCGCAGUCGCGAGCGGGACCGCGACCGGGAUCGGAAGAGCCGGAGUCGUGAGCGCCCCUCCCGUGACAAAGACAAGAAGGAUGAAAAGAAAGAAGAAAAGAAGGAGAAAGGCGAUAAGAUACGCAGCCGCUCCCCUCGCAAGCCACGCAAGAAGAAGCCAUACAAGUACUGGGAUGUGCCACCCCCUGGCUUCGAACACAUCACGCCACUUCAGUACAAAGCCAUGCAAGCUGCUGGCCAGAUCCCAGCAACUGCUCUCAUCGCCACGACUACCACCGCAACAGUGGCUGGCCUGCCGAAUCCUGCCGCGAUGCCCGUACCCAUCGUGGGCAGCCAGCUUACACGCCAGGCACGGCGUCUCUACGUCGGCAACAUUCCCUUUGGAGUCACAGAGGAGGCCAUGAUGGAUUUCUUUAACAACCAGAUGAAGUUGGCAGGACUGGCACAGGCUCCAGGCAAUCCUGUUCUUGCUGUCCAAAUAAACCUGGACAAGAACUUUGCCUUCCUUGAGUUCCGGUCGGUGGAUGAAACGACGCAAGCGCUGGCGUUCGACGGAAUCAUCUUCCAGGGCCAGUCACUCAAGCUGCGCCGCCCACACGACUACCAGCCCCUGCCUGGCAUGUCAGAGUCUCCCGCUUUGCAUGUACCAGUAGGUGUGGUGUCCACUGUUGUGCAAGACACGCCGCACAAGCUGUUUAUCGGAGGUUUGCCCAGCUAUCUGACGGAUGAUCAGGUCAAGGAGCUGCUCACGUCCUUCGGGCCUUUGAAGGCCUUCAACUUGGUGAAGGACAGUGCCACCUGCUUCUCCAAGGGCUACGCCUUUUGCGAGUACGCCGACGUCAACGUCACCGACCAGGCUAUUGCAGGACUGAAUGGCAUGCAGCUGGGUGACAAGAAGCUGAUUGUGCAGCGAGCCAGCGUGGGGGCCAAGAAUGCCAACCCGGUAUUUGGAGCACCUGACACAACGGUGGUGGUGCAGACGCCCGUGACACUGCAGGUUCCGGGGCUGGCAUCGAGCCAGGUGCAGCACAGCGGCUUGCCCACAGAGGUGCUGUGCCUCAUGAACAUGGUGACCCCUGAGGAGUUGGUGGACGACGAGGAAUACGAGGACAUCUUGGAGGACAUCCGUGAGGAGUGCGGCAAGUAUGGAUCCGUGCGCUCCGUAGAGAUCCCGCGACCCGUCAACGGACUCGACAUCCCGGGAUGCGGCAAGAUCUUUGUGGAGUUUGCGUCACUACUCGACUGCCAGAGGGCUCAGCAGGCGCUGAGCGGCCGCAAGUUCGCCAACCGCGUGGUCGUGACACAGUACUACAACCUGGAAAAAUACCACUGUCACGAUUUCUAGAUGUGCAACCUGCUCCGACUUGGGCGUCCACGGGGCUGCUCAUUGGUGUUGUUUGUUAUCGAUGUGUGAAGAUUUGAGCACCGUUUCACAAAGCAGUCUGUGACGCUGCAUGAUUCGGCAACUCCACCCGCUCACUUGACAGCAUUUUUGCUUGGUGGUUUUCCUUUCUUUUUUAUCGGUAAGUGUAUUGUCUGUGUGCUUUUGUCAAAGAGUUGACUGCUAUGCAUUUGUGCGUGGUGCAGCCUACACCGUAGUGGUGUCUGAUGAAAACAGUCGCACCAAUUUUUUUAUAUUCCGUUAAAAUAAUGGUUGCUAAAGAGUGGAUUUCGGGGGGGGGGGGGGGGAGGGGAAAUAUUAACUUUUGUGAAUAUUCAUAUUGACAUCAAUACAGGUAUUAGUCCCCACUUUACAGACGGUGGUGACAAGGUUUUUUUUCUCGGUGGGGGGGGUGUAAUUAGAUGUUUGUGAGAUUGUUUUCAUUAGUUACCUUUGGCAAAAUGUAACAAUGCGAGAAAUUCCCAUGGAAGCAUCAGAUUUGUCUUUUGCAUCUUUUUACAGUCGGUGGGAAUAGGCACCCUGUCCCAAGGCUUGAUCCAGAUGUUCAAGACAAACUUUAGUACUUGUUAGGGUGGUAAAAUUAAAUAUGCGGACACUUGUGAUUGCAUCAUUAUAAAAGACCAGCAUUGAUGUAUUUGUCAUGCAUAACUUGGCACGAUUUCUCUGUUUAUUCCCAUACUGAAUUUGCAAGAAACUUGGGAGUAUUUCAAUAAAGUUUUCAACUAAUUGUG